AUGAGUGUACGCGGCAAGCAAGUGCAAAACGGUACCUAUGAGUUCGAUUAUAUGCGAGUACCCGAUACUAGGACGCGUUGGGAGAUACUCCGCGAUGGUAUUUACAAUCCUCAGGAGGGAACGUACUGCGGUCAUCCGCCGAAGAAAUGGGGCUAUACUCUAAUUUUCUACACUUGCUUUUUCGCCGGACUGGCAGUGCUCUUCAGUAUUUGCAUGAAAGGUAUGCUUGCCACGUUGAGCACUCAGAAGCCAAAGUGGACCCUGAAGGAUAGUCUCAUCGGUACCAAUCCAGGUUUAGGAUUUCGACCAAUCGCAGAGAACGCCGACGAAAGAUCACUCAUUUGGUACAAAGCAUCGAAUGCGACCGAGGUGCAGAAAUGGACGCAGCUCUUGGACACGUUUUUGGAACAAUACAUCGAUCCGUCACUUUUGCCGGAUGGCGGCAGAACCCAGCAGAUCUGCAACUACACCAUGCCAGCCAAGAAUGGUAAUGUGUGCGCAGUCGACGUGAACAACUGGGGUCCGUGCUCGCCGAGUCAACAAUACGGCUUCAACAAUUCGGCGCCCUGCAUUUUCAUCAAGCUCAACAAGAUAUACGGAUGGAUUCCCGAGUAUUACAACGACACCGAGAACUUGCCGUCUGAAAUGCCGGAUAGUCUCGUCGACUAUAUAAAGACAGUCAACACUUCAUGGUUAAACACCGUAUGGGUAUCCUGCAAGGGGGAAAAUCCACACGACAAUGAGAACAUUGGUAAACUGAAUUAUUAUCCGAGAGGACAUGGAUUUCCAGGAUUCUAUUAUCCGUAUGAGAACCUUCCUGGGUACCUGAGUCCGGUCGUGGCCGUUCAUUUUCUUCGGCCGACAAGAAACCUGAUCAUCAACGUGGAAUGCCGGGCAUGGGCGAAGAACAUCCAGUAUAGUUCAUAUAGAUCCGAAAAGAAAGGUGCAGUACACUUCGAGCUGAUGGUCGACGAGUGAUCACACAGUGACGAUCAUCGAGAUCGUCACCACCUUUGGCGCGCCGUCAUCUUCGACUCUGCAGUUCCACCGAUGUGUACUAAUUAGGAAGCUUUGAGACAUAUAAACGAAGUAUCCAAAGCACUACGCGACCGGAUCUUCGAUCGUGAUAAUGGAGAAUUGCUGGCGCCUAGAAUAAAUUAGUAGGUUGAUAAAUUCGUUAAUUUUUAGAAAUACAGUACGCAUAAUUAAUCGGUUAAUUAAUGCAUCGAAGUUCGAGCUUCAUGAAUCGUUAGGUCAAAUCUUUCAUCCUGGAGAGAUGAUACUAUCAGGAUAGUAGAUUAUUUUGAUGAAGGGAUUGUGAUCUCUUAUCGAAUCGAAGAUAUAAAAAUCAAAAUUAAGAUCAAGAUAAAAUUUAAGAAUUCAACAUGUUAUCAAUUCGAUAAUUUCCGCAACUAUACUUUAGUUACUAUAUUAAAUAAUAGUAUUUUACUAUACUUUGUUAUCAAAUUCUUAAAAAAAACUAUAGAUAAGUCCUUUUCAAAAGUUAAAAUGAGCGAUUUUCAUGUUAAGAUUUCAUUUAAAUAAUCGAACUAAAUCAAUUACGUCAAAUAAUUCAAAAUUGUAUUUAUAAUAUUUGUAUUUUAAAUAUUGGUAAAAUCUUAAAUUUGUAUUAAAUUUGUAAUAUUUCUAAUGUUUUUGUUACAUCUAUAUAUUACUAUCUUGAAUCAUUUGUACAUGUAUAAAGUUAACCCAACAUUUUCAAAAUUUAAUAAUAAUGAUUAUAGUUUAUUUUUAUAAAAAGUUCUUUUUUAAGUUUUAAGUUAUCUUUUAAGCGUCAAAGAUGGAUGUAGAAUUGAUUGAGAACUCUAAAAGCCUUCGACGUGCAAUUCGAACUCAAAUCAUUUUUAUCACGUUUUAAAAAUGUAGGACUAACUUCACACAUACGUAUCAUUCACACAUAUCCAGUCUGAUUGAACAAAGUAUGCGUACGCUCGAAUGUCAAUGUAAACCACCCGCUUACUAAAGCGUUUUGGUACUUAUUAUAACGUGUAGGUGAAAUAAUUGUAUGAAAUGAAGAAUAUGUGUCGCGACCCGUAUAGUAAUUAUUACUUUUUAAAUAAAUGACGAUGAUGGAGAAUUAAUCUGACAGAUAAGUAUAAAUUCUUUUUUCUUAGGCAACGGUAAACUUUGUGUGUGCCUUUUAAUUUAUUUAUUAUAGUUACGUGAUGUUAA